GCUUUUCUAUAGAUGCUUCUCGACUUCUGCUCUCCCCGUCUCCCUCCUUGCCUCUCUUCUCUGCACCAAGCACCUCGAUUUAGGGCUUCACCAUUUCUCUUCGAAUCAAGGUUUUAUGAAGGUGUUGUUUCUUCUUACGACCCUGCCAAAAAGAAACACUUGAAAUUUAUUGCCCAUUUUGGAUUCGCUUUGAACUUGGUUGAGACCGAUCUAAUCCAGCGUUUCCAGGAAAUUUUAGCGUUGUGGUCGCAUCACCCUUAAGACUGUGCGUGGCAUCUGUGUGCCCAUCAAAGGGUUUAUAAACAACCAAAGGAUUAUUGAAAACGGGCUUCCGUCUGAGGAUAUGCAAAAACUACGAAAAAUAUAAAGGUCGUACCCAGUGCACAAGGCUCCCGCUUUACGCAGGGUCUGGAAGAGGUGAAUGUCGGCUAGCCUUACCCCCAUUUAUGGAGAGUAUACGAACAUAAAAAAACUCUCCAAACUUUCAAAGAAAGCAGCAAGAUCUUUAAAAAAAUUGCAAGAGACAAACUCUGCAGAGUUUGAAAAUCACUGUGAGCGCAGUCAUUCAGCUGCUUGGGCUUCUUUCCUCCUCCAACAAAAUAUCUAGGCACCAUUGUUAGUUUUCGGGCUAAAAAGAAGUCCUUUCGAGUUUGGACUUUGGACCAUGGGUCGAGAAGAGAAGGCUAAAUUUGAAAAGCUUUGCAGAGCGGCUGAUUGAAAAGCAUGGGAAAGAAGACGACGGCCGUCGCCAUGUCGUCGUAGAACCGCAAUAGCUGUCGACUUGAAUCAUGUUGCUCCAUAAAUCAGGGCCCCCAAAACCUGAGUGUCCUCUUUCCAUUCAACUUUUCUACCCUCUGGUUUCCAAUGGUCAAGUAAAAGAACCCAGUAAGUUGCCUCAACCCGCACCUACUCCACAGCAGUGCUCUCAACUUUGCCAUCCCAACUAUUCUCUCGACAAUGUUGCCUAUACAAAACUUGUCCAACACGCUACCAAAACUGGGUCUUCGCUCCACGGCAAACUUGCCCACGCCCACAUCAUCAAAACCUCCUUUAAGCCCUGUAUGUUUUUACUCAACAAUCUUCUCACCAUGUAUUCCAGGCUCGGAGAAUUCGACAGUGCACGCCACCUGUUCGAUAGAAUGCCUAAGCGGAAUCUCAUUUCGUACAACUCCUUGAUUUCUGGAUAUAACGAGGUGGGUCUGUUUGAUAAGGCCAUGGGUGUUUUUAACGAAGCAAAAAUGGCUGGUUUAAAACUUGAUAGGUUUACUUAUGCAGGUGCUUUGAGUGUGUGUGGUCAAACCGGUGAUUUUGAGCUGGGUAAGCUGGUUCAUGGAUUGAUAGUCGUCAACGCGUUGGGCUCAGAAGUUGUUCUGACCAAUUCUCUUAUUGAUAUGUACUCCAAGUGUGGCCGAGUUGAUCAUGCUAGGAAUUUGUUUCAGAGUUCGGAUAACUUGGACCUUGUCUCAUGGAAUUCCUUGAUUGCUUGCUAUGCUCGAAUUGGUGCUAACGAGGAAACAUUGACCACUCUAGUGAAAAUGCAUCAGUGUGGGUUGAGCUUGAAUACCUAUACACUGGGGAGUGCCCUCAAGGCGUGUGGCAAAAUUCUUGACAAUUCAGGACUAUUUGGGAAAAUACUUCAUGGAUACAAUGUCAAACUGGGGUUGGACUUAGAUGUUGCAGUAGGAACGGCAUUGCUUGAUAUGUAUGCAAAGACUUGUGGCUUAGGUGAGGCGAUACAAAUAUUCAAAUUCAUGCCUUACCGCAAUGUUGUUUUGUAUAAUGCCAUGAUUGCGGGGUUCCUCCAAAUAGAGACCUUUUCUUAUGGACAUGCAAAUGAAGUGUUUAAUCUUCUAUCAGAGAUGCAAAGGCUAGGAAUCAAGCCAUCAACAUUUACUUUCUCAAUCAUAUUGAGAGCUUGUAAAUCGGUUGAAGCUCUUGAGUACGGGAAACAAGUUCACACUCAAGUCUACAAGUAUGACCUACAGGGAGAUGAAUUCAUUGGAAGUGGGCUUAUUGAUGUCUAUUGUUCUUUGGGUUUAUCCAAUUAUGCGUUGAGAUGCUUUAACUUAACUCCUAGGCUAGAUAUUGUCUCGUGGACAUCCAUGGUUGCAGGUUAUAUCCAAAAUGGGGAAAUUGAAAGUGCAUUUGAUUUAUUUUAUAGACUCCUGGAAUCUGGAAUGAAGCCUGAUGAAUUCAUAAUAUCAAGCAUGCUGGGUGCGUGUGCUGAUUUGGCUGCAGCAAGAUCUGGAGAGCAGAUCCAAGGAUAUGCUGUAAAAGCUGGAUUUGGGAAAUUCACUGUUGUUCAAAAUUCACAGAUAUGCAUGUAUGCAAAAGCUGGAGAUAUUGAUUCUGCUAAUUUUUCCUUUACAGAGAUAGAGAAUCCUGAUGUGGUUUCCUGGUCCGUGAUGAUAUGUAGCAAAGCACAACAUGGAUGUGCAAAUGAAGCCUUGAAUCUUUUUGAGUUGAUGAAGACUUGUGGAAUUGCACCCAACCACAUCACUUUCCUUGGAGUUCUGACUGCAUGCAGUCAUGGAGGGCUAGUAGAAGAAGGUUUACGAUAUUUUGAAACAAUGAAGAAAGAUUAUGGCAUGUCAACCAAUGUAGAGCACUGUGCCUGCGUUGUUGAUCUCCUAGGUCGUGCAGGAAGGCUAGCAGAUGCUGAGAAGUUCAUUUUCAACUCAUCUUUUGAGGAUAAUCCAGUUAUGUGGCGAGCCUUGUUGAGUGCUUGCAGGGUUUAUAUGGACACUGUUGCUGCAAAACGUGUUGCAGAAAAACUAAUUGAUCUUGAACCUCAAGCUGCUGCAUCAUAUGUUCUUCUGUACAACAUUUACAAUGAUGCUGCGAUAGAGUUACCGGCCAAAAGAAUUAGGGAACUGAUGAAAAAUCGAGGAGUUAAGAAGGAACCUGGUCUAAGUUGGAUAGAGGUAGGAAACAAAGUUCAUUCUUUUGUUAGUGGCGAUCGGUCUCACCAAAUGGUUCAAUUAAUAUAUACUCGGUUGGUUGCGUAAGAUACAGAAAAUAGAUUGUAUUGUUGGUAAGUUGAUUACUUCUGAACUGUAACUUAAGGACAGCAAAGUGAACUACCACAGUAAAAGUUAGCUGUAACUUUUGGAAUUAUCAGCUUGCCACCAUCAGCUCCAAUUAGGGUGAUGAAGAAUUUGAGAGUCUGCUGUGAUUGUCAUACAACAAUGAAGCUCUUCUCUGAGGUGGAAAAAAGAGAAAUAAUCCUAAGAGAUCCUAUUCGUUUUCAUCAUUUCAGAGAUGGUGCUUGUUCUUGUAGAGAUUAUUGGUAGCUGCAUUGUGUAUGUAAUAUGUAUUGAGAAUUGAGAUUAUUACCUGGAUACCUGGAUAAAUGCUCUCUUGCGGAAGUACAAGAGUCCUUCGGUCAAAACUCAAAGACACAGAAUAAAUGGAUCCUAUUUGGAAGAAGGUACAUGGGACGAAGCUAAAACAGAUUUGGAAACAUCGUAUGGGAAACUAAUUUGGAUUCAUCGGUACACAAAUAUGUCAAAGGAGCAUGGUAUAUUUAGUAUCAUCUGUGGCAGGUUUCUUCUCCUAAAUGUGUCAGUUUUUGUUCUUCCUCGUUCAGAUUACACAACUUUACUCAAAAGUCCUAAACUGGAGAUGGUGUUUUCCUUAAGAUGCCAGAUCAGUUGCAAUUCCUCCUAUGGGAUUAUGAUUGUUAAAAGGAAGGUCCAUAUUGUUUAUGAUGGAGACGCUUGUUGGAGAUUGAUCUUCAAGCCAAGCAAUUGACCUCAGAAACUUAUCUAUAUUUCAGGUGAUACCUAUAUCCUUGAAGAUGCUACAGUUAAGAGCAAUAUUACGGUUGAGUUGACUCCUUGCAGCCACCGAAGUACUUCCCUAUAUAACCAUCUCAUGUGCAACUUCCGGAAGGUACCUGCUGCUUCUUUGUAUUCCCAAGCAUGGCUAAAAAUACGACUAAGCAUGAAUUGAUUUCUCAUGAACCAAGCAGGAGAGCAACCUUAAAAAAGAGGAAGGCUAGUUUCUUCAGAAAGCUGAAUGAGAUCACAACUUCAUGCGGGGUUAUUGCAUGUGCUGUUAUUUACAAUACUUCUGAUACCAAGGCGGAUGUGUGGCCUUCCCAUAGGAAGCAUUUUAUGUACUCGAAAAAUUCAAGAAUUUACCUGAAGAAAGGCAAGGUAAGUUCAUGGUGGAUCAAGAAUCCUUUCUUAAGAACAAUAUAUCCAAGCUGAACAGACAAUUGGAAAAAGCGAAAUUUAAGAAUCAAGAACUUGAUGAGAAGCUGCUUUUGAUUGAAUACCUGAAACUGGAAGGUAAGAAUUUUCUUGAUCCUGGUCGUCUUGAAAGUUUGAUCGGACUUGAUCAUCAAUUGGAUAAAAGAAUUGAUUUCACUACUAAGCGGAUUGAGUUCUUCGAGGGUGUGGGGCGCAACCAAGUUGAUGCGGGAGUUGAUUCUGAUGAGAUGGUGGCUAUUUUGGUGUCUGGAGGUGUAGUAAUUCAACCAAUUCAAAAUAAACUUUGUGAGCAGAGAGCAUAGUAUUGAUGAUACAGGUAAUCCUAUAAACCUUUAGCAUUGUCCCAAAUGUACUUUUAUUUUCGUUUAUCUGAAUAAACGUAGUUUUCAUCUUUCAGUUAUGCUCAUAGCAAUGGUGUUUUAGGUCAAGAUAAUUUUCGCUUUGAUGUGUAAUUUAAACAUGAUUAUGACUCUUUGAACGGCUUACAAGGGAAAAUCACUCGUAAGAUUACACAGUAUGCCGAUGUUCAUUCUGAAGCUUAGUUGCCUUCUAUGGAAGAACUAACGGCUUCAAAUGAUUGAAGGCUAGUCCUUUCUUGUAGGCAUAUUUUAACAGUAGAAGGUUCACUGAGAAGGUACAUAAUCUUUGAUGUUUGCAUUCUUUACACAUGAGCCAAUUUUUUGGUUCAGUAAAACAAGCAUUCUUUUGGUCAAUGACACAUCUCAACAUCUUUUAUUUGGUUA